GGGCAGCUCCUCUGUGCGGACCCAGCGCUAAUGGGCUCCACUCCGCCCCAAGCAACCGCUUCCUCUUAGUCUAGUAGGACCACAGUGAUUGACGGAUGAGUUCUCCAAUUGUCAUGCCGAGUGACCAAGUAGGCGGUAACAGAGGCGGGGCGGCAGAAGUAUGAGAUGCAGGUGACCAGGAAGUGAGAGCUGAGACCGGAGAGAAGGACAGAUUGAGUUAGAUCGGAGGUAGAAAGGUGACCGGGUUUGUGGAUCCCUUAAUUUCCUCGUUUUCUGGAUUGGGGGAAACACCUGAACAUGUGGAAUCCCAAUGCCGGGCAUCAAGGGCCAUACCCACCCAAUCCUGGGUACCCUGGAGGUUCCUAUCCUGUGUGUCCACCGCAUCCACCACCUGUCAAUCCAGCCUUUCCUCCUGGGCCCUGCCCCCCUCCCCCAGGGAAUCCAGCUUUCCCUCCAGCUGGGCCCGGCUAUCCUGUGCCCCAGCCACCAGGCCCAGGAUACCAACCCGUAGGCCCCUAUCCUCCUCCAUGCCCCCCGCCUGCCCCUGGCAUGCCUCCUGUGGUCCCUUUGGGUCCUGGCAUGGUGGGCCCAGGGGUGGUGAUGGACAAGAAGAUGCGGAAGAAAAUGAAGAAAGCCCAUAAAAAGGCGCACAAACACCACAAGCAUGGCAAGCAUUCCUCCUCUUCCUCCUCUUCCAGCAGUGACUCUGACUGAAUAGAGGGCCUGGACCUCCCUCAAGUCUCACCAGCCCUGCUCUCCCGUCAAGCUUCAGCUGCCGCGCGUUGUGCUGGGGGAAUUAGCCCUGCACCCCCCCUUCCUGAGCCUUCCCCUGCUCUUCAGCCCUGGCCUCUAGGGACAUGGGAAGUGGCUCCCAUGGGCUGGCAAAGGCCAUCCUCUGGCUGCUUGAUAGAUCCCGUAGCUGAAGAGUAGCAGGGAGUGGUGUUGAAGAUGGUGAGAUCUCUGAGCUGCACGCUGAAGACAAGCUUAAGCUCUAUUAAAUGGGAUCUUUCUUGCAUUUCUUUUUGUAAUAUUUAUAAUUGGGAGGUUUGGGGGAAGUUUCAUUACAGUGGAAAACCUGUCUCUUUUUUGGAGUGGUGGCACACUGAGGUGACUUAGUGGCAAAUAGAGUUCCCAGCAGGCCUUCUGCUGGCCUCAGACUCACAGCUGUCUUCCCGCCUCAGCCUCCUGAGUGCUGGGAUUACAUGCUGUGCCACCACGCCCAGCUCCCUGCAGGCCUUUCUUGAUUGUACUAACCGCAAGCCUGCUUGCAAAUACAGCGGUCUGUUUGGUUGAUGAGCCCUGACCGCACUUUUAGAAGUUUACCUCUAUCCUUGGCUCAAUAUACUCUCUCAGGUCCUGCUCAUUCUCCAGCUUUCAGUGCAAAUAAAGCUAUUUCUGCUGGUCUCUGAUUACCAUUA